AUGUUCGAGUCCAUCGCCCUCUCGGUGCUCGAGCGCGUCCUCGGCCAAUAUGUCGAGGACAUCGACCGCAAUUCGCUCAAGGUUGCGGUGUGGAAGGGACACAUCACUCUCGAGCGGCUCAAGCUGCGUCGCGAGGCGCUGUACGCAUGGGGCCUCCCUCUCGACAUCAAAGCCGGGUACAUCGAGAGGGCCGAGCUGCAGCUGCCUUGGAACCGUCUCGGCUCGGAGCCGGUGACAAUCACGCUCGACGGCAUCUACCUGGUCGCGUCUCCGGUGGACGAGUCGCGCUCGGACGAGGGCGCGAAGCGGGAGUGGCGCUGGGCGCGCAAGCAGGCGAGGAUCGACCACCUCUCCGCACAGCGCUCGACGGCGGAGGGCGGCAAGAGGGCGUCGGAGACGGAGGCCGAGGCGGACGGCGGCGGCGCGGGGCAGGGAGGGCGGCUGUCUCUGCUGACGCGGAUCGUCAACAACGUGCAGCUCUCCUUCCGGAGCGUGCACGUCCGCUACGAAGACGCGCUCAACUCGACCGCCCCGUUUGCCCUCGGCGCCACGCUGGCGGAGCUAUCCGUCUACUCGGCCGAUGAGAGGGGAGAGCGAGCCUACAACGCGGAUGGGUCCGUGCAGUACAAGGUGGCCGCGCUGCGCUGCCUCGCCGUCUACCACCACUGCGCCUGCGACAGGGUGCUGCAGCCGGACGCGACGCUCGACGCGGCCGCGCGCUGGCUGCGCGGCCUGGCGGCAACCACGGUGUCGCUCUCCGCGCUCGAGGUCCGACUCGCCGAGCAGCAGCUGCGCGACUGCUCGCGGCUGGCCGAGUUCGUGCACCGGUUCCAGGCCUCCGCCCUCUCGGGCGGCACAUCUUCCGCAGCCGACAACGACGCGCUGCUGCGCCCGAUCGUCGGCGGCCCGUCGGCACGGUCUGCGUGGCGGCUCGCGCUGCGGCGCAUCGUCGCGGAGGGGCGGCGGCAGCGCGGCUGGCGGCUGGGCGCAGGCUUCUUUGAGGCGCGGCGCGAGGUGCGGUUGCGGUACGUCGGGCUGUACAAGCGCGAGCAAGGCGCGUCCCCCGAGCUCGAGCCAAGCGAGGCGCGUGAGCUUCGCGCGCUCGAGCGGGACCAGCUCUCGCCCGCUAGCCUCGAGAACGCGCCGGCCGUCGUCGACGGCGAGCUGGAGGUGGAGGGCACGCCGCUGAGCAGCGAGCAGCGCGAGCAGCUUGCGGCGCUGCUCGCCGGUACUCCCCCGCCGGAGGAGGAGGCCGCCGAGGACGGCGACGCGGGCAGCGUCGAGUACGAGUUGCGCGCCCGGCUAGACGAGCUCUCCCUGGUCCUGGUCGAGGCGGCGCCGCCCGAGAGCGAGGGCGGCGCCGCCGCGAGCGCGAGCGUCGCGCGGCUCACUCUCUCCCGCCUGCACGCCGCCAGCCUGUACGCCGGCACGCUCGUCGAGGGCAGUCUCGCCGGCGUGGAGCUCACCGACUGCACGGCGGCGUUCGGGUCGUUUGGCGCGGCGGUGCUGCAGCCGGUGGAUCAGCGCCUCGAGGUGACCGUCGCGACGCCGCUCGAGCUCGUGCACAACGCCCGCCUUCUCGACCGGGUCCGCCGCUUCCUCGACGUGCUCGGAGAGUCGGAGCGAGCCGAGCUGGCGCAGCUCGUGCGGCAGCAGGCAGAGAGUCUGCGCGAGGUGACACUCGAGUCGGUCAUCCUCUCGCCGAGCAAAGCCAGCCUGCGCGCGGCGCCAGAGCGGGCCCAUUACCUGGUCUACGAGCUCGGCGUCGACGUCGGCCUGCAGCGCUGCAUUUUGCCGCCCUCGUCGCACGCCUUCAACCACGUCGUCGUCUCCGGCUCUCCCUCUCCGAAGCGAGGCUGGGCAGGAGAAGAGAGCCGCGGCGUACCAAACGGCAAGCUGCGAAUAGGCUCCCUCUCCGAGGCGAGCUCGCAGUCGCUGCACCUGCAGCUGUCGCCCGAGCAGCUGCGCAUGGCCGCUGCCAUCCUCGAGUCGCUGCAGAGCGGCACUGCCGAGCCAGCCGGCGAGGCCGGCGUGCCCGCCGCAUUGGCCGCGGAGGGCGCCGACCUUCCCGCGGGCGCGCAGCCGCUGGCCACGAUUGAGAGGACGCGGGCGCGUUUCCUCGUGCAGCGGGUCCGGCUGUCGCUGGUCGGACGCGAAGGCGCUCCGCUGGCGUCGCUCCACGCGGGCGGCAUCGAGCUCACCGCGCACCGAGACGUGGCGGGGCAAGGCGCCCACUUCCGGCUCGACGAGCUCUACGUCGACGAUCGCACCGCGGCGGAUCCUCUCCGCUCGCGGCUGGUGGAGUCGAACCCAUCGCGAGCCUCUGCAGGGGGCGGUCCGGAGGAGUCCUCGCUAGUGCAGCUGCAGUACCUGCGCUCGGCGGCUGGGGCGGCCGACGAGCUGCACGCACUAAGCGUGAGCCUCAACGUGCAGGGCGGCGCGGCGCAGCAGCUCGGCGUGUUUGCGAUGCGCGAGCUGGUGACGGAGGUGUCGUUCCUGCCCGAGGGCGGCAUGUCGGUGAGCGGUCAGCUGGGCAACUUGACGGUGCAGGACACGUCCACCGUGGCGGGCGGCGAGUACGAGAUGCUCGGCCUGCGCGAGGGCGCCCAAUCGCUGCUCACGUUCGACUCGGUGCGCGUGAGCUACUGGCACCCGGCGGUGAUGCGCAUCGUCGGCUACCUGCAGGAGGGCGUGCUGGGCGCGCUGAUGAGCGCGACGGCGAGCACGGUGGUGCAGGUGGCUCGGUCGGUGCUGGCGGACGGCGCCGAGGACGCGUCUGCGAUCGCGCUCGACAUCGAGGUUGGCAGUCCGCUCGUCCUCCUGCCCUUCGAGCCCGACUCGUCGGAUGGCUUGCGCGGCGACCUGGGCAGCAUCGCGGUGCACAACUCGCUGGAGCGCCGGACCGCGGCCGGGCCGGGGGGUGGUGGCGCCGAGCUGCUUGACUGCAUCGUGGUCGCGAUCGAGCGCAUGCAGCUGUCUGCGCUGCUGCCGGAGGGGGAGGGGGCGCUCGAGGCGACGGGCGGGCUGUCGCAGAUGAUCGAGGACGUGUCGCUGCGGCUGUCUGUGGAGCGCGGCGUCGGCGCGAGCGCUGGCCGCGCGACGCUCAUCUCGGGGAGCGGGAGCGAGCUGGUGUGCACCUGCUCCAAGGCGCAGAUGGACCUCGUCCUUCCGGCGGUGGAGCUGGCCCUCGAGGACGGAGGCGGCCCGCUGCUGCUGGCGUGGAUGGGUGGCGUCCGCAUCGGCGCGCGCCAGAGCGCCGACUCGGCCGUGUACAGCGUCUCGAGCGCGGCGCUCGCCGUCCAAGACUGCCGCGGGGACGGGUACCCGUCGGGGCGAGGGACGCGGCCAGCCGACUCGACCGGCUCGCGGCUCAAGAGGCUUCUGUGGUCCGACCCUGCGGCGGAGCCGGCCGCCGCCAGCUCGGCGCAGCUGUCGGUGAGCCACUCGGUCGAGAGGCUGCCAGGCCGCGGCCACGAGGCGGCCACGCGAGUCAGCGAAUCAGGCGUGCACAUCACGUACGCGGCGAGCGCCUUUCGGGCGGCGGCGGACUUCUUCUCGCGCAGCGAGGGCGGAGGCGACGGCUUGCUCUCGGCGGAGGAGGAGGCGGAGGCGCUCGCGAGGCCGCUCUCCGGCCCGAUCGGCGCGGUCGCCUCCCCCAUGGUCUCCCCCAUGGUCGAGCGGCUCGUGAGUCUGCCUGAGGAGGAGGAGGUGGCGGACCUCGGCCGCAGGGUCUUCCUCCCUCGCGACCCGUCGCUCGACAGCACGGGCGGCAUCGCCCUGCGAGGCGCCGCGUCUGGCGCGGGCGCGGCCCGCCGUCGGGCGAGCGCCAUCUGCGUCAAGCGGCGCGGCUCGGGGCGCGAUGUGCAGGUCGACGCGGACGCGCUCGACGUGCAGCUCCUCGUCUGCGACGCGGUCGGCGAGCAGACGACGACUGUCCUCGCGCCGACCCAGAUGUCGCUGCGCUUCAGCGGCGGGCCGCGCCGCUCGGAGCUCGCACGCUGCGGAGGGCGGCGCAGAGGCAGGCCCGCCACUCCGCCCGACUCUGCCGCGGCGACCCUGUCGCGAGGCGCCGCCGCCGGCGUGCAGCUGGCCGUGUCUGCUGAGCUCGAGAGCCUGCGUGUGGUUGCGAUCAACGACCUGCACGGGCGCGCCGAGCCGCUCGCCGCGCUGACGCUCACGUCGGUGGUCGCGUCGUGCGCCGGCAGCGACGCCAAGCUCGUCGUCGCUUGCAGCGCGUGCGCGCAGAUGCACCUGCACAACCCGCGCUUGGUGGCGUGGGAGCCGCUCUGGGAGCCGUGGCGCUUCCACGUGCGCGGCAAGCUGAGCCCUAGCGACGAGCCUCCCUUCACCGAGGUCAAGGUGCACGCCGACGAGGCGUGCAACAUCAACAUCUCGCUCUCCAUGUGCGAGCUCGUCUCGGGCACCACGCUGACCCUCAUCGACGACAUCACCGGCGUCGCGCAGCCGCUUGUCUGCGACCUGCGCCUCCGGCCAGAUGGGUGCAGAGAGGCGCGGCUCCUCUCCGACCCCCUCCCACGGCGGCCAGAGCUGCUCAGGGGCGCCUCCGCCACGGCACGGGCUGUGCGCCUCCUCUCCGACACCACCCUCCACAACCAGACCGCCGACUUGCUCGAGGCCGUGCACCCCCUCCCCGCCGGCGCGAUGCUGCCCCUCCCGCUCCGGCCCGACCGCGCGAGCUACCGGCUGCACCUGCGGCCGAUGGACGGCGGGCACGCGUGGUCGCCCGCCUGCCAGGCGCCGACCAUCCCCACCCUCCCUGGCACCGACCAGUCCGGUCUCGGCCGCCUCCUCCUCACCGCCGCCUCCCGUGCGCCCCAGCUGCCGGGCUACGACGGCGCCGCCGACGCGGGCGCGCUGCACGCGCCGCUCGAGUGUGCUUCGGAGGAGCCCGGCGCCGACGCGGACGGGCGACACGGCGCCGCGUGGCACUGCGGCGCGUGCGAGGUGCACGUGCGCGCGCCGCUGCAGCUGGGCAGCCCCGCUGUCGGGCCGGCGCGGUUUGAGUACCAAUGGCUGGGGGGCAUCUUGCGCGGGGAGCUGCCUUCGGGCGGGCGGAGGCUGGUGCACACCUUUGCGCCCGCCACGGCGGUCAGCCUCUCUGUGAGCAUCGAGGGGUACAGGCCCUCGGAGCGGGUCCUCGCACCGCACACCGCGCUCGAGGGCGUGCUCUGCGAGGAGGUGCCCGUGUACGACGGCCGCCACAGCCGGCUGCCGCUCUCGAUCGGGUACGAGCGGCUGCACGGCUGCGUGCACGCUCUCUCGCUCGUCGCGCCGUGUUGGGUCUCCAACUGCACCGGCCUGCCCCUGCUGCUGCGCGAGCACGGCGCGAGGGAGGCGUACUGCGGCGACGAGCCGGCGGUCGUCUGCGAGACGGUGUCCGAGAACCAGCGCCGCCGCACGGCCUUCAACUCCUUCUCGGCGGACGGCCUCUUCCCGACCGACUUUGCCGGCGCCUUCUCCGACGAGCGGCUCAGCAGGCGCCACUCCGGCUUGGCGGACCUCUGGCUGCCGACAGGCUGGCUGUGGAUGGAGGACUGGCGGCUCAAGGGCGGGAAGACGGGCUCCGUCACCGAGCAGGGGUGGGAGUACGCCAAGGGCUGGAGCGGCGCGUGGUCGCCUCAGUGCACGCCCAAGACGGGCGUGCGGCGGCGGCUCUGGACGCGCCGGCGGGUCCGCCUCUCCGGCCUCACGCGCCACCUGCUUGGCGGCAUGUCGGAGAACGCCGUCCGCCGCCUUUCCCUCGCCGAGCUGCAGCAGGUCAUGCAGACGCUCGGGGAGCCCGCGCAGCGCGGCGCCGACGAGCUGCGGCAGUACUGCAUGGAGCUGCGCGCCCGCGCGCAGGAACGCGGCGGCGCGGAGCCGGACGAGGCGGCCGGCGCGGCGGCGGCGCCGGUGAUGCCGCCCGUGACCGCGAGGAAGCGGCUCGAGCUGCGGCUGCCCGGCUCGUGCUGGUCGAGUGCCGUCUCGCUCGAGGCGGCGGGCACGUCCGGGCUGCUCGAGCUGCCCGCGGGGCGGGGAGGCGGGUCGGCGCCGAGCGACGGCGGCCCUCCGCGCGCGUACCAGCUCGCCCUGGGCGUCACGUCGGCGCCGGGCGAGUCGUGCCGCUCCAAGAUGCUCGUGGUGGAGCACCGCACGACGCUGCUCAACCGGCUCGACCGGCCGGUUGGCUACGUGCACCACGGCAAGGGCGGCCACACUGCGGCGCUGCUGCGGCCGGGCGAGCGGGCACCCUUCCACUGGCAGGACGAGCCCGGCCUCGCGCGCCUCCUCUCCGUCUGCCUCCUCGACGCCGGCGCCGACGCCGCCUCGCUUGCCGAGUGCGACUGGUCCAACGCGCUGCCGAUCGACUCCGUCGGCGAGCCCGUUCCUGGCAGCGAGCUCAACCUCGUCUGCCGCCUCUCCAACCGGCGGACGGUCCUCUUCCUCUCGGUCGACGUGCAGCUUCUCUCCGGCGCGAGCAUGCUCGUCGUCUUUUCGGAGCGGACGGCCGAGCUCGCGCCGUACCGCGUCGACAACCUGUCCGCGCUCCCGCUGCUCAUCUCGCAGAGCCCGUGCGCCGCGCUGCAGCAGCCGCGCGUCGUGCAGGAGGUGCUGCCCGCGUCGCGCGCGCCCUUUGCGUGGGAGCAGGCGGUGGUCGCCGCGCCGACCCUCGACUUGCACGUCGGCCGCUCCGUGCGCAAGGUCUGCCUUGACGAUCUCCAGCGAAGCGGCACCAUCCCCUGCGCCGACCCGCGCGCGAGCGGCGCGCCGCACGAGCCAUCCUCCGUCAUCGCCGCGCCGCGCUCUGCCUUUGGAGACGGCGCCGGCGAGUGGAACGGCUACCGCGACGUGCGGCUCGAGUCCUUGCAUGAGGGCGUCGCCACGACGAGGCUGCCUGGCUCGAUCGCGCGCGCCGAGGUGCGCGCGCGGCACAGCCAGCGAGAAGGCCGGUUCGGAUGGCACGGGGACGAGCUUUGGACGGCGGACGGGCUCCGCGCGACGUUUCGCGUCUUCUUCGUCCGCUGGGGGUUGGAGGUCGACCUCGACUCGCGGGGGAUGCGGCGGAGCGAGGUCGACCUCCGCCACGCCGUCGCGCACGCCGCCGUGCAGUCGCAGCGGUCGGCGUCGGACGGCUCGUUUGGCUGGUCCGACUCGACACUGUGGGUGGACGAGGGUCUGCGCGCGCGCUUCGCCGUGACGCUGCAGCGCGAUGCCCUGCCCGGCUCGCGCCCGCCGCUCGAACUGCGGUACCGGAUGGUUGCAGACGGGCCAGUGAAGGUGCUGCAGGUGAUGCCGGCGCCGUCCGCCGCCGCCUCCGGGGAGGUGCCCUCCCUGCCCGUCCUGGCGUCGGAAGAGGACGACGGCAAGCUGCGGCUGAGCGUGCACGUGUCGCUCGCGUGCCUCGGCGUGUCGCUGAUUGCGGACGGGUGCGAGGAGCUCCUCUACUUGAGCCUCGUCGACCCUGUGGUGAGCUACCGCGCGUCGUCGGGCCGAGACUUUCUGUCGGCGCAGGUGCGGCACCUGCAGGUGGACAACCAGCUGCAGGCCGCCUCCUUCCCCGUGCUGCUCCAGCCCUCCUUCUCCGCCGAGGAGGCGCAGCAGGCGGUGAGGCCGCACUCGCUCGAGCUGCUCGUGCAGCGCCGCAUCGGCGCCGCGCAGGUGCUGUACUACGAGACGGUCUCGCUCCGGCUGCAGACGCUCGAGCUGAUGGUGGACACGGUGCUGGUGCGCACCCUCUUCCUCUUCGUCCUCUCCACCUACCUCGACCUCGCAAAGAUGGCGACGGCGGUGGUCGAGGCGACGACGCGCGGCCAGCCGCGCCGGGCCGACGCGGUGGUGCCGCCCAAGGUGUACCUGCGCUGGCUCAACCUGCAGCCGCUCCGGCUCCACCUCAGCUGCCGCUCCGUCGCGGGCGGGCGACGCCGCGAGGCCGCGGUGCUCGAGAACGCGCCGGCCAGCGCCGUGGGAGUGCUCAACUCGGUGAGCGCCGUGCUGUCAAACAUCGACUCGGCGCCGCUGCAGCUCAAGGCGCUCGUCCUCGACAACACCUUCGCGCCCGUCGGCACGCUGGCGCAGGCCAUCGGCGACUCGUACCGCGAGCAGCUGCUGCAGCAGCUGUACAAGCUCCUCCUCUCGGUCGAGCUGCUCGGCAACCCGCGCGGCCUCUUCCAGCACCUGGCCACCGGCGUGACGGACGCGUUUUACGAGCCGCUCAACGGGAUCAUGCGCGGGCCCGACGACUCGCUCGCCAACAACCUGACCUACGGGCUCUCGGACUCGGUGCAGCAGCAGGAGGGCCCGCGCAACAUCGGGGAGGGGCUGCUGCAGACGGCCGAGUCUGUCUCUGGCGGGCUGCGCCAGCGCGCGGCGACUGCGAAGACGGGCGGGCGCGCCGAGAGAUCGCGAGGGCUGUGCGCGCAGAGAGGCGGCUUCGGGGGCUUUUUCAAGGGCGUGGCGCAGGGCGCCGUCGGGCUCGUCGUCAAGCCGGCGGUCGGAGUCGCGGACGGCAUCACCGCCGCCGCCGAGGGCCUCAAGAGCCAGACGACGGUGCUGCGCGGCCUGACUCGCCGCCGCCGCCAGCCGCGCACGUUUGGGCUGUGGGGCGAGCUGCGCCUCUUCUCAAACGCCGACGCGCGCAUCCAGCGCGCCCUGUACGACGCGGUGACGGGGCGCGGCGUCCGCUCCCUCGCGUCGGGGCGCUUCUGCAGCCAGGUGCCUUGCGCGAGCCCGCCGCAGGCGGAGAUCUCGCUCGUCGUCACGACAGGGCACGCCAUCCUGCUCUCGGUCAGCGGGGAGGGCGGCGCGGGCAGCAGCAGCAGUGGGGGCGGAGGAGGAGGCGCCCCCGCGACCGCGCUCGUCUGGUCGGAGCCGCUCAGCCAGAUUGCCGUGUGGGAGUGCGUGGAGCGGUCCCAUGAGCUGGCGCUGCAUUUGCGGUCGGGCGAGGUGCGGCGCGCGCGCUUCCCGUCGGCGGCGGCGCGCGCGAAGGCGGUGCGCCUCAUCGAGCAGGCGGUCAAGCUGGACGAGUCGAGCACCAGUCGGGCGCCGCGGCGCUGACGCGGCUGCUGCUGCGUGUCGGGAACCAGCAGGUACACUGGCGGGCCCCACAUGGUACUGUGGGAUCGGAUCGAUCUUUGU